AUGUCAUUUUACGCAUCUCUUAUUCCGGUAAAUUUCUGCACCUAUGCGUCAUUGUUUAGCGUCACGGCUCUCUGUGCAGACAGAUUUUUGGCAAUUUACCUCCACCUCAAAUACCAGGAACUUGUGACAUACAAACGCGUUGCUGCUGUAGUGGUCUCAAUUUGGGUGAUAAGCGCACUUAUUUCACUGAUCAGGUUAUUCCUCCCAAAAAAUAUCAUGUACGUGAGUUUCGUCAUUAUUAUAUCUCGCGGCUUGUAUUAUAACUGCAACUUUACUGAGUGUCAAGCUUUAUCUAACUCUAAGACGCCACAUAAACCAAAUUCACGUCCAGCAAGUAGCGCAGAAUGA